UGUAAGAUGAAGAACUUCCGAGAAAAUCCACGAGAAUCCGAUUCACUUCGAUCUCUGACUAGUUAGCAUUGACUUGUUGGCUGCGAUUGUAAUAUUUUGUAAUAAAUGCAAUGUAAACGAUUUGAAAUGAGAAAUGAUUUUAAUUGUAUCUUUGAAAUUCGCUUGAAUUUGAAUUUCAUUCGUCACCUGCGACUCUUUACGCGCGCGCAAGAUGCUAUCUGUGAGUUCUCUUCAGCUGCGGAAGCGCACUUUACAAAAGCAUCGACUUUAUCAUAGCCAAAGGACGAAUAAUCACGAUUUAAAGAUGGCAAACGGGGAUGUGCGUGAUCUUGAACAAAAGUUCUGUCUGUAAAAAGAAGAGAACCGUUCAAACGCUUGCUGUUUCGAACGGUUGCAGAUUCGAAGAUGGCGAGAAGAUCUGCGAGAUAUGCCAGGCGAAAUUCCACUUUGUUACCAGGCUAGUUGCACACUUGAGAAUAGCGCAUGGCAUUCAUCGACCCUUCAAGUGCCUCACCUGCGGCAAGAAUUAUCCUCAGCAGUUUAUGCUUAACGCACAUAUAAAGAAAUCGCACACGCCGAAAACCGUGCCGUGCACUCAGUGUAGCUUUAUGGGCGUUAGCGUGACCGACGUGGAAAGGCAUAGACGACAACGUCAUCGGACUCCGAAAUUCACGUGCGAGAUUUGCCGCGAAGACUUCGUCGACAAGGAUGCGCUGAUCGUGCACACGGCACUCCACGAAUUCAUACAGUAUCAGCGGUGCAAUGCGUGCGGCAGCAUCUUCAAAGACGUAUACAGCUUAAAGGAACACAAUCGUUUGUAUCACUACGAUUCAACAUCAGACGAGAAGUUUGAGGAAUCUAACGAAAACGGGUCUGAACACAAAUGCGACAUUUGCGGCAAGGUCUACAAGUACAGGUCGAUGCUAAAACAGCACAAAGUCAGGGCUCACGGUAAUCCGUUGAACUACGAGAGAUGCAGAUACCUUUGCGCACUAUGCGGCAAGGAGCUAAAGACCGCGAAGGGCCUCGAAAUCCACAACAGGUCGCACACUGGCGAGAAGCCAUAUACCUGCGAGGUGUGCGGCAAGUGUUUCGCAUGUGAGACCCUGCUGAGAACUCAUAAUGUCACUCACACCGGAGAACGAAAAUACUCGUGCGAUCAAUGCGGCAAAGCUUUUACGCAGAGAUCUACCCUAGUUGUUCACAAGCGUUACCACACAGGUGAACGACCGUAUGUUUGUUCUCGAUGUGGUAAAGGCUUUGUCACACGAACUAUCCUUAAUACUCAUAUGAAGUCUUGUCAAUGAGGUGAACUUGUUUUCACGACAUUUAUCGAAUCAAUGCGAAGAAGUGCAAUACAAAUAUUUGAGUUUAAAAUAUUUUACAUUCGACAUUUGGAAACAUUGAUAUUGUUAUAAUCUCUAAAAUAAUUCUUUGCGUUAUUUGUUUUGACAACAUGAAUCUUGAAUAAAGAGUGACCCAAAAAUUAGUCCGAAAUUCGCCUGUAUGGGCGCCCCCAAAAUUAGAUUUCAAUUUGAUGGUAAAAGUUUGUGUUCAUGACAAGACAUGAAUUCCCUGAAAGUUUUAGAUUGAUCCAACUUCUAAUCGCUGAGAUAUGAGAGGAAUUAAUUCGUGCUGAUUCUACUCGUACG